AUGGACGGACAGUGGCCGGUGUCGGAGGUGCUGACUGGCGCCUGGGGAUACAAUGUGGAUCGUAUGUUAAAGGCCGUGCAGGACGAAGCCGACAAGCAAGGCGUCAUCUGCACACCGUUCCCCUGGCAAUGUACCUGGAAGCCAUCGACGCCCAGUGGGCGCCGACCGGAUGGAUUCCUCGAGCUCAGCCAAGAAGAGGCAGCCGCCAUCGUUCAGGCCGAGAUGGACGAGCACAUGAAGUACUGGCGUGUGGUUAACCUCGGCGACUUGGUCAAGUCUUACCGUGUGUCGCCGCAAAUCAUCCACCAACUACAGACUCAAGCCGAAACACUCAUAGAAGAAGCCAUACUGGUUGAAAAGGCAACCGAUAGAGCCGGACACGCCAAGCGUCUUGCCCCGAACGAACCCCGAGACCUCACGGAAUUAAACAAGCCCAGCAAUGACGGCUGGUACAUCGGCAGUUACUCCCAAGUCUAUGUAGUGCUGGAGUUCAAUGAAGACGGCACAGCCUCCGGAUUGCGCGUUGCCAUGGUCCCCAUGUGUCUCAACGCCAAAUCCGCGGAAGAAGCCGAACGCAGACAGACACGUUUCUGGGGCAAAGUAUGUAUGGAUGCGGGCUGCGCGGACGCGAGGAAGUUGUCCGUGUCUGUUUAA